UGAGGUGUGGUGUCGGUCAGUCUUGUUUGGAAGCAGCGAGACUAACUUCUUUUCCUUCCAUAGAUUUGCUUGGCUUUCAGACUUGCACGUGUGGGUCACGACAAAUGAUUGCGACAUGUUGCUGAUCUGCCUUCUUUUAACCAUUGUAAGGUUUGGUUCAUCUAUCCUCACUGAGAAAGUGUGCUAUGGGUCCAAGUACAGUUUGCCAGCAAAUUUUACACCACCUCUCUACAAUAAGACGAUUACAUACACUCCAAAAGUGGGAGAUUCAAAGAUUGUUGUCAGCAUUGGACAGUCACUAGAUCCACGCUUCCAAGUUUCAAAAGAAGGAAUUGAAAUGGCAGAUUUAACAGAACAAGACAAUGAAGCAGUUUUAUCCACAGAGGGAGGAGACUCUGUAAAAUUCAUUGUUAAAAAUUGUGGUAGCCCGGUGAAGAAGUUCUAUGGAUCUUCAAUUGUUUGGAUCAUAUCAGAUGGAGCUGAAUAUUUAGAGUUUUCUAAAUACACUGGCUCAGUUAUCCCAGGUCAGACAACAGUGCUUUGGAAUCGGACUGACCCCUCUCACAGCAUAAGCAACAAUGAAUACGAGAUAAAGAACCUGACACAGCAAGACAGUGGAUACUAUAGGUUUAGGGGGUCCAAACAUCAACUGCUUAAAUGGGAGCAAAUAGUAGUUGAAGAUCAUAUAAAAAGCUAUGAUUUUGAUGAAGGCGACAUCAAAUUGGAAUUCCCUAUAAUAUUUACCCCAAGUCACGUUAAGUUUACACGUGAGGGUUCCUCAGAUACUGUAUUUAAGGAUGAUAACAGGUUCAAAAUCACAGACAGAUAUUUUGAAAUUAAAGAUGCAACACCUGAAGAUGCUGGGACUUAUGAAUUUAUCGACAAGCAGGGGAACCUAAUGCUGCGUGCAAGUGUAGAAAUACGGGAAGUGGAAAGGGUUUGGAUGAGCUAUGUCAUUCUUGGUGCGAUUUCCUUUGGAGGUAUGUUGUGCUGCUGUUGUGUGAAAAAGUGCUGUUGUAAAGAGAGCUCAAAUAAAACAGAUGAGACGGAAGACGAGGCCCCAGCAAUGACUGAGUACUGCCAUAAUCCAACUCAAUCCACUCAGACGGCAAGCCCCCUUCUCCCCAGAGACCCAAGUGUCAUUAUUCCAGAUCUACCUACAUAUAAUGCACAAGUGGGACCCACGGACCCACCACCACCCUAUGAAGAGUGUGUUCCCGAGCCCUCAGCCCCUCCAAUCCCAGCUUACUCCAGUCAGCCAGUGAACCCCCCUGUCUCUGCUGAGCCUACAGCCAACCCCCCAGAACCACCUCAAACAAAUGAUGUUUUCCUGGCUGAUGUGAGCACAUCAUCACUUGAUCAGGCCUCAACAACAGGAGCUACAGAAUCCACAUUUUUUACCUCAAAUAACUUUAAUUUCACUUCCUUUGACUCUGAACCAAAGUUUGAAUUUAGUGGGACAACCAUCCCCUCUGCUCCUCCACUCAGCUCUGAAGGGACUGCCUCCAUAGAAUAUAACUCAGACAAGCUCAACUUUCUGUCAUAAAAGUAAAUGUAAAUGAUCAUCUGGACAAUUCAAGGGUCAAGUAAAGCCAUAUUCAGACUACAGGAUUUUAAUGUAUUGUGUGUACUACAUAAACAGGCCUUUUCCCCACACACCAUCCCUAGGAAUUUUGAAUUUGUUUGAUGUGCCUGAUAUAAGCAGUUUGUUGUGCCUAGAUGUUAGGGGUGGGUAACAUUGACACAGAAGAUCAUAAUAGUUGAGGAAUAUUACUGUAUACCUUUGUAGUAUUUUUUUUCUAAAACAACAAGUUCAAUAUUAUCAUGUUGGUGAUAUGUUGCCCAUCUCUACUAUAUGUAUUAGUGGCAUUAUAUCAUUUGUGGUUUCCCAUCUGAAGUCUGUUACAUGUUGUCUGUUGCAUUUAUAAAAGUGACCUAUACUAAAGUACUGUAAGGAAGUUAUGCUACUGUUAUAUUUUGAUAAAUAAUAAAUGUAAUAAAUAUAUUUCAUGUAAACUAACAAAUGUGAUGCAGUAUUGCAGAAACUAACCUCUAGCACUUUUAUUUUCCCUU